AUGGCUCCUUCUAGGGCAAAAUCCUUGCCCUUCAUCGUCGCCCUGGUCUUGGGCAUCGUCCUCUGCAUCUUCGCAGCACCGAUACUCGCAUCUUCACCUUCAGAACCUUCUCCUAGCGCAGACGUAGAACUCAUCUGCCACACAGACAAUCCCAAGGAUUGUUACCCUAAGAUUUUCCAACCAACAGAUGAGUUCCAAAUUGUUCACGAUGACCAAGAACUUCCUCAUGGACUCCACGUUCGUCUGAACAUGUCCAAUGGCAAGAAGGAGGCCAAGAUCAACGUCCCUGAUGAGGGAAACCCUGCCCUUGAGGGGCUUCCUGUCGAUCAAGCAAUUGUCGUCGUGGACCAGCAGCAACAGGAGGACCCCCAGAUUCCUAAAGGUGCUCCGGCUUAUGAGCCUAUUGGCAAAAUCAAGGAGCCUGAAGACGAAGAAUUCGUCGGCAAGCCUUUUUUCACAGCCAUGAAGAUGUUGAAGGCUGGUGAGACAGGUGAAGGCAGUGAGCUUGACGAUGCGCUCGAAGGAAUGGAGGAACUGUCUCAUGACAUUUACUACGGUCUCAAGGUCACAGAAGACCCGGAAGUCUUGAAGGCACUAUUCUGUAUGAUGGGUGAUUCCACGGCCACCACUCCCGCAGGUGUCACACCCCGUGAUCACCAAGCAGCCGCUAUUCUGGGGGCUUCUUUACAAAACAACGCAGCGGCCCUGAAAGAGGUCACGAAGCAGUGGUCUGGUCUGAUGGAGGCCAAGUGCCCUGUCAACAGCAAGUCUCUCAAGGAGUUUCUCUACUCAUCUCUCGUACCUUCUCAUGUUCCAUCUUCGAUCGACACCAGGACACUGGCUUCCACGGCGAAGGCCAAGGUUGGGGCCAUCAACGGUCUCAUGAAGAGCGAUAUCAUCCGAGCAGACUUCCUCAAGAACGAUGGCAUGAAGCUUCUCCUCGAAGUUCUCGUGCCUGAAGGCAACGAAUGGGGUACGACUCAGCGCAAAGUUGGACAGCUGGUCCUCGACACGUUUUUAGACGAGGAUAUGGGCGCCAAGCUUGGUCAGUGGCCCCGAACAGAGCGAACCAGUGAUGCAAAGUGUCGAGUAUUUGAGACAAGCACCGAAGAGGGGUGCUGGGAUUACCAUGUUGCGAGAAUCUUGAAGGAGAACAAGAGGGAUAGCAGCCACUGGAGCCGGGACUUACAUGACCGGCUUGCGGCACUGAGGAAGAGCGGCAAGGUUCCGCCUCGACCUGAAUUGUAG